CGGUGGCAGCGUUUCAACGACGAGAACGUCAGCUGCAUGAAAACCACAGAAGAAGAAGAAUCUCUUCCCAGAGUCCUCGGCGGAGAUAAAGUGACCUCUGCUGCUAGCCUGCUGCAAAACUAUGGCUCCCCCGGUUGCUGUGUCGCCUUUAAUUAAGACCGCAAGGUACUCAGCUUUGAUCGCUGGCAUCAUCUAUGGCAAAAGGAGAUACGACCACCUGAAGCCCAUCGCGGCUGAGGAGAGGAGGAUCGAGGAGGAGGAGAAGAAGGUUCGUGAGGAGCAGGAACGCAUCGCCAAGCAGCUGGCAGAAGCCAAUGAAGACACAAUCCUGAAGUAAAACUCCGCGAUCUGAAGAUUUUCAUGUGCAAUUUCAAGCCUCUCCUCCUCCUUCUUCUGGAGAAACGAUGGAAAAGUCGGGUCCCAACCGGUCAAACAGUCCGUGUUGUGGACGUGUUCACUGUCACCUUGAACAAUCUGACGCCUCUCUGGACCAUACAGGGAUUUUUAGUUCGUCACAUGAAUUUAGGCUCCUGAACGCAGCAUUUUUCUACUGCAAAUGCAGCCGCACUCAUAAGUUAUUCAGUUUGUGUUUGCAUUGAGUCCCUGUCGUCUGUCUGCUUCCCUCAGCUGUGACACGAGCUCCAUUUAAAUGAUAAUAAAAGAGUCUGAAUUGUAAAAAUGUAAAAAUUAUGUUCACUUGUUCCCAGUUACAAAGUCUGCUUCAGUUAUUUUGUCCCUGAUCGUGUGAAAAGUUAACGUGACGGCUCAUUAAACACGAAGGUGUGAAA